AUGGACAAAAAAAAAUCGAAAACUGGUGCAAAAGUAAUUCAUGAUAAUGAUGAUGAUGAUGAUAUUUAUCCAACUGUUAAAGUAACACAUGGUGGUGAAUUAUCAGAAAAUGCUACAGAAAGUGGAAAUAAAGAUAAUGAUAAUGAUGUGCGUGUUGAAAAAAAUAAAAAUAUGGAAAUAAUUGAAAAACAAGAACAAUUAUCAACAUUGAAAUCUAAACACAAACGAGGACGUAGUGAUGAUAAAGAAUUAUUAUCACCAGCUGAUGAAGAAGAAAAUGGUCCAACUUCUACACCUUCUCCUCCUCCUCCCACUACUGCAGAGAAAACCAAAGUAAAAAAAUCAUCGCCAGAAACAAUAACAAUAGUAUAUACAAAUACUUCUGUGCCACUCCUAUUGGACAUUAUGACGGAUGAUAUUCAUUCAACAAAUCAAUCUGAAUCCAUUAAUAGCUCAAGUGGAUGUAAUAUUUUUUUUUUAAAUCGAACAUCAUUUAUUAUUGAUCAUAUUAAUAUUCAUGUUAUUGAUAGUAUGAAUGCGAAAUUAUUAAAUACAACAAAUGCAAAUUUAAUAUCAUUUCCAUCUAUAAGUCUUUUUCCUCAUUCACCAAAUUAUAUUCAUAUUUAUUUUUUAAUAAAUGCUAUAUCAUUUUCUCAAAACUUAAAAACAACAUCAACUUAUUCUAUAAAUGUAUGUUGAACAAAUAAAAAAAAUACUUGUUAUCUUCAUUUUUGACAAAUAUAUUUAGAAAUUAAAUAUAAUUGAAACAGA